UUUCAGCCAAGCCAAUCCAGUGUGUCCAAAAGAUGGAGCCUCGCUUAAUGAGAAGGAAGUAAGUUAACUAUUUUCCGUCCAAGAUUUUCCCUUUAAAGUGAUAUUGAUCGGAGUAAAACUUGUAUAGCAUCUCAAUGAGACAUGUAAACAUUUGACUAUAUAUUCGCAGCAAAUAGCCACUGAAUGGCCUUUAACACUUAGCAGUACCAUUCAGUCAUGAUCCAGUGAUAAGAAUGUCCCAUUAUCUUUUCAUUGUUUCGAAAAUCCCACUGUUCUCCAUGCCAUCCAGUCAUGAUCCAGUGAUCAGAAUGAUCCAUUGUCUUCUCAUUGUUUUGAAAAUCUCACUGUUCUCCAUGCCAUCCAGUCAUGAUCCAGUGAUCGGAUGUUCCGUUGUCUUUUCAUUGUUUUGAAAAUCCCACUGUUCUCUAUGCCAUCCAGUCAUGAUCCAAUGAUCAGAAUGUUCCGUUGUCUUUUCAUUCUUUUGAAAAUUCCACUGUUCUCUAUGCCAUCCAGUCAUGAUCCAGUGAUCAGAAUGUUCCGUUGUCUUUUCAUUGUUUUGAAAAUCCCACUGUUCUCUAUGCCAUCCAGUCAUGAUCCAGUGAUCAGAAUGUUCCGUUGUCUUUUCAUUGUUUUGAAAAUCCCACUAGCACUGUUCUCCAUGCCAUCCAGUCAUGAUCCAGUGAUCAGAAUGUUCCAUUGUCUUUUCAUUGUUUUGAAAAUCCCACUGUUCUCCAUGCCAUCCAGUCAGUCAUUGUUUUGAUGGGACUUCCACUACCUCUACCGCAAAGUGACUAAGUACGUAUGUGAUUGGUUAAUCGGGUAGAUUAAACGCAUCUGAUUGGUUGUUGGUUUCUGAAUGGUAGUGGUAUUGAACGUCAAAAUUAGACCUCACUAUUACGGCCUAUAACCCUCCAAAACAAAACCAUAUAAAUGAUGACACCAUACAAAAUAAAUUUUUCCUAGAUUUUUCUCGAUGGUUACACAAAGCGAGAACUAAUGUCGUUGGAGCUACAUUGUUUAAAUAAUGAAUGUGAUUGGUUUGGGGCGGGAAAAGAUUUGCAGGUAAAUAAUUCUGCGACUGUAAAUGACUGUAUACUUUGUAUAUUCGUGUUGUACUAAUUUUCGCUCAGUUUUAAAUCAUACUUAAUUUCGCGCGAUGUAGUUAGCGUACCUAACUAAAUGCGAUAUUUUUUCGCAGUUUUCAUUUCGCGCACCUUGUAACGGUACAAAACUAGAAAAUCACACUAACUAAUAAAUUAGGGUUUUUUUCUGUAAGUGUUAUAACGAUCAUAUUUCUUUUUAGGCUCACAUCGACUCAUGUGAGUACACCGUGAUAAUAUGUGUUCAUACUCCAUGUAAAGCUAAAAUCAAACGUUCACUCCUGGCAGAACAUUUAAAGGAAGAAUGUCUAUAUCGAUCAGUCCAGUGUGAAAAUUGUCAAGAAACGUUGCCUUUUGCUUCUGUGGAGGUAUGUUCACACAAGUCAAGCUAUUUUGGGGAUUAGAGACAUGAAACACUGCAGUUCUUUCAACCUUUUUUAACGCCCUCUAUAUUAUCAUUUAACUUUGCUGGUUUAAUAUAACGCCAGACUAUUGUACUCUGAUAAUAUCAAAUAGGAUUCCAGGUAUGUUAGCACGCUGAUCUUUACCGCUGACACAACUGAGCCUGCUACGGUACAGUAUAGGUGGAGAGGAGGGCUUGUUACUUGAUAGGUAUCUAUAUUCUGACUUGAGUUUGUUUGAAAACACAUAAGUAGAGUUUGGUUGGUUCUCCUUCAACAAAAACUGACCCUUCUAUCGGAGCUACUCCUUGAUAAGACAUGCUCGUAUGCAGAGGCGCCCUAUAGUGAGUCUUAACUUGGUCACAUCUGAGCUGUGCCAUUCGCAAUCAGCUCUCAACUGCAACACCUCCCCUCUACCUCGGACCAUGGUGGACCAUGGAACCAUUGGUUCCCGGAAAUUGGAAAAAUCUAAAUAUUAAAUCAAGAAACUUCACAGCGCAUGCAAAGAAAAUAUAUUUGCCCACUUUACAGUGAAUUAGAAUUUUCUAUUUUAUACAAUUGUCUAUGCUUAUUUUUUUGUAUAGCAACAUGUAUCAGAAAGUUGUCAGGCAGCUCCCCUCACAUGUGAAUAUUGUCAGUUAACGAAUAUACCUCGAAAGGAAAUGAGAAAUCAUCAGACUGAGGAAUGUGAAGAAAUCGACGUGGAAUGUGAUUUUAAAUCAAUUGGCUGCGACUAUACUAAGGUUAGUGCGUUAGUACACUGUAUUGGUUGAUUUCAGUGAGGAUGACAAGACAGCCAACUUCAAAAAUGUGUGGACAGUUAAAAUUAAACUACAUCUCUGACAAGACUAUUACAAGACUACGACGUAUAGUUAGAAGAAUGAACAUUAUUUCCUUACUCUGAUAACUGCAGAUUGACCAGCAUCUGUUGCACGAUAGUGCUUAGUAGUGAAGCCAUCUGUUGUCCAACAAAUGGUGAUCAACUUUAGGUAUUACAGAGAGAAAGUAAUGGUCAUUCUUUUCAUAUAUGCAGAGAUGGAUUUACUGGAAAGGGGGAGGGGUGUACACCCUUCCUUGCCUUUGCAAAUGGAGGGGGAGGGGGGGGCUGAAAGGCGGAUUUAGAACGUUAACAGCAGUUACAAAAACAAAAAUAAAAUCGAGAUAAAAUGAGGUAGUAACAUGAUUGUGAAAUUGUCAAACAAGAUUCACAGACUAGUACCUUCCUGCCGUAGUUCCCUCUAGUGAUUACGCACUUGUCAUGGUCAAUGGUCGAACCCAGAACGAUGUCCAAUGGUCGAUGAGUACACACCCAGCCAUCCCCCAACUGAAUCCCCAUUCCUGUAUAUUUAUAUUAGUCUUGAAAGAUCAUGUUUUGUAUUUAUAAUACGACUUCAGUCCGUUAACGAUUUCGAUAAUGUUAUUUAUUUAGGUGAGUAAAAGAAAAGAGCUUCGCAAGCAUUACAAGGACGCGUCUCGUUUUCACAUUCGGCUGUUGUUGAGAUUUAUUUUCGAAUUGCAAGGCGGCAUGCAAAAUCUUGCUCCGAAAUUCGAGAAUUUUGCCACGAAGCAACUGGUUUUGGACGAAGUCAACAGAGUAAAAGAUGGGAUAUCGGCCGAAAUUAAAACCAUGGAAAGUAAAUUCUCUACAAUGAUGGGAACUGUAGAUGGUUUAAUAAGAAGACUGGAAAACGUGGAUUUAAAUGGAGCAAGUAGUUCUAACGGUUCAGGAAGUAACGCUGAAAUCAGACAAGUUGAGGUGAGAAUGGGGAAGGAAAUAGAAAAAUUACAAGCAAAAAAUAACAGACUUGAAACACAACUGAGAGAAGCAAUGGAGGCGAGAGAAAGAUACCAAAAUAAGAUGGAACAGAUCGAUCAAUCCGUUGCUGUUAUAACAGCCAGGUUUGCAGACCUCGAACCAAGAGAACCAUCUCAAACUAAAGUGAACUACAAUGGUGUUCUACUUUGGAAGAUUGAAGGCUACCAGAGGAAACGACAAGACGCUGUUAAUGGAGUAAAGACUACCAUAUUUAGUCCAUAUUUUUACACCAGUGAGUUUGGAUAUAAGAUGUGUGCUAAACUAUAUAUGAAUGGAGAUGGAUUUGGAAAAGGGUCGCAUUUAUCUUUGUUUUUCGUUGUGAUGAAAGGCGACUACGACGCUCUUCUAACCUGGCCGUUGCAAAAGAAGAUCACGAUGAUGCUGUUGGAUCAAGGCAUGGAGAUCAUAUGAUUGAUGCGUUUAAUUCAGAUCCUCAAAGUUCUUCGUUUCAACGUCCGAAGUCCAAUAUGAAUAUCGCGUCAGGUUCCCCGCUCUUUAUGCCUCUUGGUAGCUUGAAUAACCGUCAAUACAUCAAGGAUGAUGUGAUGUUUAUUAAGAUUAUUGUGGACUGACAAUAGUGAUAUAUCAACUCGUAGUGUCCAUAGAAAUAAUAGAUACUAGAUAUGCAUUAUAUCUAUUUAUCAUUUCUAUUGUUUCUAUGGUAGUGUCCAACUGCACAUUUGCAAAUAGCGCGUUCUGUGUAAGGAUUUUGUUGAGUAUAACAUGUAACUGAGACUUCGUACGUCGAUUUGGGACUUAGCAUUUUCCAUUUAAAAUUUGUUGUUUUGGGGCUAAAGAGGUUUAGAUUUUGACUUUCGCUACCAUUAGCCAAUCAGAUGCGUUUAUGAUGUACCCGAUUAACCAAUCAAAUGUGUAUUAAGCGUAUGUCAGAGGUAGCGAUAGUGAAAGCCAAAUCUGCACCUCUCUAAUAUGCUAGAGUAAAACAGUUUUAAAUAGAACAGUUCUUUACAGCGUGGCAAUAUGUAAAACACAAAUGGAUGGUUGAACACUUGAGCACUUUGAUAUGCAUAUUGUAAAUCUUCCACCAUAUCUCCGUUACGUGUCAGCACGCGUUAUUUGCAUGGAGACACAGUCGACAUUACAAACUGGCGUAUUCCCUUCCUGGCUUCCUCUAUAGAGAAUAGUAGACAGUAGUGGUUCGCGAUAUUUCAUAAUUUUGUUCACUACGUAAUAAAAUUAGUAAUUAUACACUGGCUAUAAGUAUAAUCUCUAAGUGGCUGGUUUGUACGUUUUAAAACAGCACAGUUCACUGCAGGAAUCUAGAAACCGCUAUACUAGCAUAUGUUACUAUUGACAAAAGCCGAAAAGGAUAAUUCCUUUACCAAUAUAUUAACUUAAAUAAUUUGUCUUGUAAUAUAAUCGUGUGACUAGUGACUACUUUCACUUUUCUCUCCCUAUAUAUGUAAUAUAGUUUACAGGAGUUGAUGUUAUCUUCAUUAAAGUAAUAAAGUUACUAUAAAAUUAUCAGUAAUUGUUUUAGAAUAUUCUACCAUAGUCUAUCAAGAUAUAUGAAGGUCUGGAAGUCUGGCAAACGUCAAAGACACAAAAUAGAAGGCCUUUGCUUGGUGUUGAAGUAUGCCUCACCGUGCAAAAAUCCUUUGUCUGAACUUCAUCACAAAUUAAUCGAGGUUGCACAUUUCAUCCCAACUAUCCUUGUUGGAUGGUUAUAUUUACUUGUACGAAAAUACAAUGAGCCUCCCACUCCCUCCCACCUUAUUACGCAUAAGGUCUAUUUACGAAAUAGUACGUAUUGGUUUUCGAAACGUCUACUAUGUUUACCUUACUUGUAUCUUUUGUAUUUGUAUUAUCUUGAAAUAGUGUGAAAUAAAAGUUAUCAUGUUGUCCACUGCCAGCUGCGUCGCGCCACGAACCCACACGUCUGGGACGAGGCUGCAUGUUUCCUAUUUGGAAUCAUCUUGACACCUAAUUGAAUCCGUUUUGGCGCUCGAAUUUUGAAAACAUGACCGGGAUUUGCUUUCUCUAAUUUCGUUUGGAGUUCCAUAAGUGAGCAUCGUUAUACAUCAUACAUGAAACUAUGAAACAAUAGAACAAGUUAUGUUAAGUACAUAAAUACACAUGCAGCGUAUAUUAUUAAUAUUAAUUUGGUUCGGCUCACCGCACUCUUUCGUUGAGUGCCGUUUAUUGCUUAGGACUCUGUAUUUAUACGUGAUUCUUGAUCACGUUUAACUAUAUCAUCCUGUCUCUGUUUCAACAUAUUAUUUGCGAACAAUUGAAAAUACUUUAUUAGUCAAUUUUAUAUUGAUGAAUUU